UCCUCAUUUUCCUCGCAAUCAUACUCGGCUUUUAAUACGGCUGUCACCCUCUCCAUUUUUCAACAGUGCAGCUUUAAUAGUGUACUCUGAUCUACAGUAGAUGCAAAUUAUUAAGAAACGUCUCCAAGCCAUUUAUUUGCAUUUAACCAAAUGAUGAAGGCUUCACAAGCGAAACCAUGUGAAGGGUAUGAAUAGACGUGCGUGAGCUUAACCAUACAUAUGUCUACUUAGCUUUUUAAAUCUUCUUUCUUCCUUUGAUAUAAUGAAUGUGGUGUGUGACUUCUGCUGGAACAAAAAACAAAACUGAAGACCUGAGAAACCUGACAGCGCUCGGCUAAAAUUAUGAUGGAGACAGAGUAUUCCAAGAGAGUCUACCAAGGUGUCAGAGUCAAGCAUACAGUCAAAGAUCUACUUGCAGAGAAGCGAUUACGACAAACAAAUGCACCCCGAUUCAGUACGAGCAGCAGUUCGUCUCAGCCAGCUUUUGUGCCAAUGCCCGGGUCACACGUACUUCCUGGUUACUACAGUAUGCGAAGAUCUUUCCUCCCAGACUCUGAACUCUGCCAUCCCAUGAAGCAGUACUCACCAGACACUUACUCUACAGCACUAGGAAGCAAGGCCUUUUCGUACGACCACCCCUCCACUUAUCCUUCCUUCAUUGACAGCUACUACACUCCUGAUUCAUAUGGAGAUUACAGAGGGCCAACAUCUUACACCACUGGCGGAGGGUCACUGUUUCCACCUUCUACACUACCAACACUACUACCAAGUCUGUCUGGAGAGACAUCGUCACACUUGCACUUGAGAGAUCCUUGGGAUCAGCCAUCGGAGGACCCAGUCAGUCAGUCAGAAGUCAUAUGUCCUGAGGGUCCAGCCCCCGUGGCAGACUCACCAUCCCUGGGAGGGCCCGACUCUGGCAGUUCCUCUCCAUACCGUCUUCCUCGGGGGCGCAGCGGGAGCUCCAUCCCAUCCAGCUCUCAGACUUAUACUCUACAACCCCUGGAAGACGUCCCAUACCCAACGGCAUCGUACACCUCUGCUUCCAGCUACUCCUGCGCACCGUACAUGACAACACCCGGAGAUCUGGCUGUGGUGAAGAUGACACCAGUCACCUCAGAGGAGGCUAGUGGUGGAGUGGUGUCUCUCAGUGACACUACAUCCUGGGCUAAAGAUGACGGAACUGGCUCCUGGUUGUCAUAUGAGACCAGGAGGGCUUUUUAAGAGGCUUAAAUGACAAUACAAAGACUGUGGACUGAUCAUUUGCAAUGACACAGCUUCGUCAUUCUUAUAGAGGAAGGAUAUUAAAUAGGUUCAUCAUAAAGAUGACCUCAAGAAAUGCUGGUCACAAUAUACAAUUUUAAACUGUUCAUAUUGCUUAAGGAUAAAGCAAAAGUAUGUGCUGAUAGUUUAGUUAAUUCAGGGUUUAAAUAUGCAUUUUACAUGCCCAAGCGUUCUAGAAUGAAUUAGAAGCAAUGCUUGCUUUUUUCCUCUCUUACAUUGUCAACUGUAACAUAACCCCUCAAUGAUUGGCCACGAAUAUGACUCGCAAAAGAACACUUUUUUUUUAACUACAAGCAUGUUAGACUUUUGU